AGGCGGAAAGCAUCGCGCAUGCGUCAACUUGCCAGUCCUGCGCGAGUGACGUCAGAAGCAGCAUGGCGGCCAAGGUGCAGUCUACCAAAAGGGCCGACCCCAACGAGCUCAAGAUCAUCUUCCAAAAGUAUGCCAGCAUUGUGGAUAAGGAUGGCGAGCGCUUUAUGACCCCUACUGACUUUGUGCAGAAGUAUUUGGGUCUCCACACACAGAUCCAUCACAACCCCAAAACUGUGCAGCUGCUCGCCGGAGUGGCAGACACCACCAAGGAUGGACUGAUUUCAUUCCAGGAGUUUUUGGCCUUUGAGUCUAUUCUUUGUGUGCCAGAUGCCCUUUUCAUCGUGGCCUUCCAGCUGUUCGAUAAAACCGGGACCGGAGACAUCUCCUUUGAAAAUGUGCGUGAUAUAUUCAGCCAGACGACGGUGCAUCACCACAUCCCCUUCAACUGGGACUGUGAGUUCAUCCGCCUUCACUUCGGCCACGACCGAACCAAACACCUUAGCUACCUGGAGUUCACCCAGUUCCUGCAGGAGCUGCAGUUGGAGCACGCCCGGCAGGCAUUUGCACAGAAGGACAAAGCCAAAACCGGGAUGAUCUCCGCCAUGGACUUCAGUGACAUCAUGUCCACCAUCAGACACCACAUGUUGACCAGUUUUGUUGAGGAAAAUCUGGUCUCAGUAGCAGGUAGCGGGACCUCUCACAUGGUCAGCUUCUCCUACUUCAACGCCUUCAACUCACUCCUCAACAACAUGGAACUCAUCCGCAAAAUCUACAGCACGCUCGCCGGCAGCCGCAAAGACACGCUCCUCACUAAAGAGGAGUUUGUGCAUGCCGCAAACAAGUUUGGUCAGAUCACUCCUAUGGAGAUCGAUAUCCUGUAUCAGCUCUCUGGCCUCCACUCACAAACUGGGCGACUGAACCUGGCUGAUAUUGAGCGGAUAGCUCCUCUGGAGGAGGGCGCGUUGCCUUAUCACCUAGCAGAGGCGCAGAGACAGAUCCGCAGUGAUGGGACUCGUCCUGUGUGGCUCCAGGCUGCUGAGUCAGCAUAUCGCUUCACCCUGGGCUCUAUUGCUGGAGCAACGGGAGCGACAGCAGUGUAUCCUAUCGACCUGGUGAAGACGCGGAUGCAGAACCAGCGUUCCACCGGCUCCUUUGUAGGAGAGCUCAUGUACAAGAACAGCUUUGACUGUGCCAAGAAAGUCCUGCGUUACGAGGGCUUCUUUGGCUUCUACAGAGGUCUCGUUCCUCAGCUCAUUGGUGUGGCUCCAGAGAAAGCCAUCAAGCUCACUGUGAACGACUUUGUGAGGGACAAAUUCUCUGAAAAAGAUGGUUCGGUUGCUCUGCCUGCGGAGAUUCUGGCUGGUGGAUGUGCCGGCGCCUCUCAGGUGAUUUUCACCAAUCCCCUUGAGAUUGUCAAGAUUCGUCUCCAGGUUGCUGGUGAGAUCACCACAGGCCCCAGAGUGAGCGCGCUCAGUGUGAUCCGAGACCUCGGUUUCUUCGGCCUCUAUAAGGGUGCAAAGGCUUGUUUCCUGCGUGAUAUUCCCUUUUCUGCAAUCUACUUCCCUGUGUACGCUCAUACUAAAUCAUCACUCGCUGAUGAGGAUGGAAGAAUCGGCCCGCUGCAGCUGCUCACAGCCGGAGCCAUCGCAGGAGUCCCGGCCGCCUCGCUGGUCACCCCUGCUGAUGUCAUCAAAACGCGACUGCAGGUGGCAGCUCGUGCAGGACAGACCACUUACAGCGGGGUUAUCGACUGCUUCCGCAAGAUCCUGAGAGAGGAGGGCUUCAGAGCUUUCUGGAAAGGGGCUGGAGCUCGUGUUUUCCGCUCAUCACCUCAGUUCGCCGUGACCCUGGUGACCUAUGAACUCCUGCAGAGAUGGUUCUAUGUGGACUUCGGUGGACAUCGUCCGUCCGGUUCAGAGCCGACGCCCAAGUCUCGUAUCUCCGAGCUCCCUCCGGUGAACGCCGAGCACGUCGGAGGUUACCGGCUGGCCGCCGCUACGUUCGCCGGCGUCGAGAGCAAAUUCGGACUCCACCUGCCCAAAUUCAAAUCGUCCGGCGUGGUCAGCAUCCAGCCCUCUAAAGGGUCGGCUUCUUAAGCAGGCCACGCCCACUCUAGUCCUGUCCUCCAGCGGCUGUGUACGUGUCCGUCAUCCAGCCUGCUUUGCUCCUGUUUUUAGUUUCAGUCUGUUGUUGUCGUCGUUGUUGUGUGGUGGGGGAGACGGUGGGUUUUAUUUUCUGAUAGGAGUUCAUCAGUGCCUCCUCUAUUUCAACUGAAUGUUUCAGUUCAUUCAUUAUAAUGCUCCGCAUUAGCCUUUUUUUUUCCUUUUUCUUUUUUUUUUUUUAAUCUGACUGUUAAAGCCAGUACGUUUUCCUCUGCAACUUCAAAGCGAACUCAGAUUGUGUGGGAUAGCUGUGGUUGCCAGAUCCUUUUCAAUUCAUCCACUGACUGUUACGUGCAUGUGUAUAUACUUAUACAUUAGUUACUGAAUGCUUUGGGAUGAUAUAGAGGGAUUUUGGCAGCUUUUAAAAAGAUAGCAAGUCCAAUUUGGCAACUUUGCAAACAUAUUUUAAAAAAUAAGGUAUGAAAAGUAAACAUAUUAAGCCUGAAAUUGUCACAUUCUUGAAAAUAAAUCGGCAGUGUAGUCCAUCGACUAUUUAGACACUGCAGAGCUUUUUUCCUGUCAGCUACAUUCCAUACCUGCUACUCUUACAGCAAAUAUACCUCCUCUUACUAACUACGAGACCAAUCGAGCACUGAGUUGGCUGAUACUGAGCGGAAACUUUUAGUAUAGGAGAUACCUUGACAAUGUCUGUUCUAGUUUUUUGUUUUUUUUCCAGCUUCUGAUGCAACUAAUGAUCACACUGAGCGAUGUGACUUGAAUACUGCAUAACAAAUAACUCCAUCACUUUGUUUUAGGGCACAAAUAAAACUCACAGCAGUGAAUCAGGUCAGAAAAUCUGCUCCAAUACACAUUUCAGUCUAAUAGUCGAAUAAUUCAGGUUGACGCUUGUACCACAACACUUUGGCUGUAAUGUUCCCUUUAAUCCGAACGGAAUCAUUCGGCCAGGACGUGUUUAGCGUGUGAACUUUGUCGAUCGAUCUAUAGGUAGUGGAUGAAACUUAGCUCCGUUCUUAAAUCAAAUAACUGAACGUUAUAAUUCUGCGCACAUCAUCUUCCACAUGUCCACUGUGAUGCCUGAAAGGGGAACAUUGUGUGUUACAUUUUAUUUAUUUUCCUAAAAUUCCUAAAUUUCACGUUGACAGGCAGCUAUCACGCACACGCUCGCUCUGAUGAGCUUUAAGAUGGAUUUUUUAUUUUUUUUUUUUUCCCCCUCCUGUCCCACAUGACCUGAGUUUCCUGUGAACAUGUUUGUGUACAUGCUGCAUCUAAUCCUCUCACUCCUUAUUACUGUUAUUAUUAUUAUUAUUAUUAUCAUUAUAAUUUUGCUGGUGUUUAGGGAGUUCCUCCUACUCUUCCUCCUCCUCCUCUUGUGUUAUUAAAGCAUGCUCUCUGUAGAGCCCUGUCCCCCCCCCCUUCCCCAUAAUGCUUUGCGUAGCUUGCACAUGCCCUGUACAUAGUUGUACAUCUCUUUUGCACAGAGGAGCGCGGUGCAGUCGUCUUCAUCUCGGCCUCUCACUGACGCGUGUACAGAGGUUUCCCCAACUACCGCUCACUGAUCAAAAUCACAUGAAUUAUAAGACGGAAAUGAAAAUCGACCUGAUGAUGACGUCUAGGAGAUAAUUUAAAUGCAUUUCAUUCUUGUAUUGUAUUUUAUGGAAAUAAAUCAUGGACGGUUAAAAUUUUAAA